AUGGCCGCCAUUCACGCCUCGGCAGCAGCUCGCCUUGUGACGUCGUCGCCAUCGGCAAUCGUCGCAGCGAGUAGUCGAUCAGAAAGCGGGUCAUUGUCCCGUUCAGCGUUCUUUACUGGUUCUUCGCGUUCCUUGGUUCUCUCCGCUGAGAGUCCCAUUUCUGCGGCCCGUCCAGCAAGCACCUCCUCUCAGCCCGCCUCGUUCGGUUUGGCGCCUUGCAAUGCUCGCCGCUUGACCGUGUCAGCGCAAGCUGCGGGCUCAGAUGCAGCAAAGGUCGGCCCAGUGGCAGUGGUCGGAGGCACUGGAUUCGUUGGCUCUGCACUCGUUAAAGCUCUCCUUGCAGAGGGCGAGCAAGUGAAAGUUCUGACGCGCUCAGUGGAUCGCGCCAAGGAGGUCUUUGCAGGCACGGACGGAGUGGAACUGGUGGGACCGGAGGGCUGGGCAGCAGCCGUGGCGGGCAGUGGGUCGGUUGUGAAUCUGGCGGGCACACCCAUCAGCACCCGAUGGAGCCCUGCGAUCAAGGCUGAGAUCAUAUCCAGCCGAGUGGACACGACUGCUAAGAUCGUAGAGGCAAUUAACUCGCUGCCAAAGGACAAGCGCCCCUCUGUUUUAGUCAGCACAUCGGCGGUUGGUUUUUAUGGAACUAGUGAGACAGCCACGUUUGAUGAGAGCAGCCCGGCUGGAAACGAUUUCCUGGCAGAGGUGUGCACCAAGUGGGAGGCAGAGGCACAGAAGGUCUCUCCCGACUCGACUCGCCUCGCCAUAAUCCGCUUUGGAGUUGUGCUGGACAAGGGAGGGGGAGCUUUGGGCAAGAUGCUGCCUAUUUUCCAGCUCUUUGCUGGGGGGCCUCUAGGCACGGGACAGCAGUGGAUGUCGUGGGUGCACAGGGACGACCUAGUCGCUCUCAUCAUUGAAACCCUGCGCAACAAGGAGUUCAAAGGGGUGCUGAACGGUACCGCGCCCAGCCCAGCCCGCAUGGCGCAGUUCUGUGAGGCGCUGGGGUCUGCCAUCGGCCGGCCCUCGUGGCUGCCCGUUCCUAACUUCGCCGUCCAGACGCUGCUGGGAGAGGGAGCGAUGGUGGUGCUGGACGGGCAGCGAGUGUUGCCCAAGCGUACAGAGAGCCUUGGGUUCCGCUACAAGUACAGGAACAUCCAAAACGCCCUCGCUGCCAUCUUCUCUUCAAGCUGA